GAGCAGCAGCAGAGAGCAGACUUCCCUGGACCCAGCUGUGUCUCCAUGAAGAGUGACUGGUUUAUGGAAAGAAUUAACUGUUUUGAACCAAAAGUCCAGCAGCAGAGAGCAGACUCCCCUGGACCCAGCUGUGUCUCCAUGAAGAGUGACCUCUCUAUGAAUAUACCUCCUCUCCUUAAAGAUGGACGCCCCUCCAGAGAGGAGAGACCAGCGGACGUGAAUCCAGGACAGAUUCUUCUGAUGACCUCACUCUGCCUGAUGGAGAUAAACCAGGAGGAACUGGCCGACACACUGUGGGGCGGAUCUGCUGCUGUUGAGUGCCAACAUAAAAUCAAGUCUCAUUUCAAGAAGAAAUUCCGGCAUGUGUUUGAGGGACUCCCUAAAGCAGGAGAGAAAACAAAUCUGAAUGACUUCUUCACAGAGAUCUUCAUCACAGAGAGAGGCAUUGGAGAAGUCAACAAGGAACAUGAGGUCAGACUGAUUGAAACAGCUUCCAAGAAACCGGCCAAGGAAGAAAAGCCAAUCAAAUGUGAAGACAUCUUUAAACCCUUACCUGGAAAAGAUCAGCAAAUCAGGGCAAUAAUGACGACUGGAGUGGCCGGCAUUGGUAAAACCGUCUUAACACACAAGUUCACUUUGGACUGGGCUGAAGGCAAAGCCAACAAGGACAUACACUUCACAUUUCUCCUCACUUUCAGAGAGCUGAAUUUACUGAAAGGGCAAGAGUUUAGCUUGGUGGAAAUUCUUCAUCACUUCUUUAUUGAGACCAAAGAAGCAGGAAUCUGCAGAUACGACCGGUUCAACGUUGUCUUCAUCUUGGAUGGUCUGGAUGAGUGUCGACUUCCUCUGGACUUCCAGAACAACCGGAUCUGGACUGAUGUCACAAAGCCGACCUCAGUGGACGUGCUGCUGACAAACCUCAUCAGGGGCGACCUGCUUCCCUCCACUCGCAUCUGGAUAACCACACGCCCUGCAGCGGCCAAUCAGAUCCCUGCUGAGUGUGUUGACAUGGUGACAGAGGUGAGAGGGUUCACCGACCCACAGAAAGUAGAGUACUUCAGAAAAAGGUUCAAAGAGGAGACACUGGCCAACAAAAUCAUAUCCCACGUCAAGAAAUCACGAAGCCUCCACAUCAUGUGUCACAUCCCAGUCUUCUGUUGGAUAACUGCUACAGUUCUGGAGGACCUCUUCAAAGAAAAACAGAUAAAAGAGACGCCCAAGACUGUGACUCAGAUGUACAUCCACUUUCUGAGGGUCCUGUCCAUACAGGGGGACGGGAAGUAUCAUGGGAGAGCUGAAACAAAUCCAGACUGGAGUUCAGAGAGCAGGGAGAUUAUUGUUUCACUAGGAAAACUGGCUUUUAACCAGCUGGAGAAAGGAAACCUGAUCUUCUACGAGGCAGACCUGGCAGAGUGUGACAUUGAUAUCAGAGCGGCCUCAGUGUACUCAGGAGUGUUCACCCAGAUCUUUAAAGAGGAGUGUGGGCUGUACCAGGACAAGGUGUUCUGCUUUGUCCAUCUGAGCAUCCAGGAGUUUCUGGCUGCCCUUUAUGUCUUUCUGUCAUUCAUCGAUACUGGUAUCAAUCUGCUCUCAGAAGAACCACCCACCUCUGGGGAAGAUAAAGUCCUCCUCCUCUACCAGAGUGGUGUGGAUAAGGCCUUACAGAGUGACGCUGGACACCUAGACUUGUUCCUCCGCUUUCUCCUGGGCCUCUCUCUGGAGACCAAUCAGAUUGUCCUACGAGGUCUGCUGGGACAAACAGGAACUAGCUCACUGACCAAUACAGAAACAGUGUCUUACAUCAAGGAGAAGAUAAAAGGAGAUCUAACUUCAGAGAGAAGCAUCAAUCUGUUCCACUGUCUGAAUGAGCUGAACGACCAUUCUCUGGUGAAGGAGAUCGAACAGUACCUGACAUCAGGAAGUCCCUCCGGAGAAUCUCUCUCUCCUGCUCAACUGUCAGCUCUGGCCUUCAUCCUACUGACAUCAGAAGAGGAGCUGGACGUGUUUGACCUGAAGAAAUACUCUGCUUCAGUGGAGGGUCUUCUCAGGCUGCUGCCAGUGGUCAAAGCCUCUAAAACAUCUCUGUUGAAUGACUGUCAUCUGUCAGAGAGAUGCUGUGAAGCUCUGGCCUCAGUUCUCAGCUCUAACUCCUCUAGUCUGAGAGAGCUGGACCUGAGUACCAAUGAUCUGCAGGAUUCAGGAGUGAAGCUGCUCUCUGCUGGACUGGGGAGUCCACACUGUACACUGGAAACUCUCAGGCUCAAUGGCUGUCAUCUGUCAGAGAGAUGCUGUGAAGCUCUGGCCUCAGUUCUCAGCUCCAGCUCCUCUAGUCUGAGAGAGCUGGACCUGAGUACCAAUGAUCUGCAGGAUUCAGGAGUGAAGCUGCUCUCUGCUGGACUGGGGAGUCCACACUGCACAAAGAUGAGGUCGCUGGGAAUCAACACCCAAAUAUGUAACUGGGUGCUCAGCUUCCUCACUGAUCGCCCCCAGGUGGUCAGAGUAGGGGGAGGUGUAAUGUCAGGACCCCUGAUCCUGAACACGGCCCUGGUGCUGAGUCUCAUCACUGGCAACAACGAGCAGGGCUACCUGAACCAAGUGGCUGACCUGGCACUGUGGGGUCACACCAACAACCUGGCCCUAAAUAUCAACAAAACUAAGGAAAUGGUUCUGGAUUUCCGGAGGAAGCAGGGCAGUGGGCUCACCCCACUCAUCAUCAGUGGGGAACCUGUGGAGGGUCCCCAGUUUCAAUCAAGGCAGCGGCUGUACUUCCUCCGGCGGCUGAGGAAGUUCAAGGUCUCCCCCUCCAUCCUGAGGACCUUCUACUCUGCAGCUAUGGAGAGUGUCCUUACAGGCUGCAUAUCAGCCUGGUAUGGAAGCUGCACCGCACAAAACCGGGCUGCCCUGCAGAGGGCGCUGCGCUCAGCAGAGCAAAGCAUUAGGUUAACCCUCCCCACCCUGGAAUGUACAUACAGCAAGAGGGUGAGGGCAAGAGCCAGGAAAAUCAGGCAGGACGCCUCUCACCCAGAUGCUGGCCUCUUCACCCUGCUGCAGUCAGGCAGACGCCUACGCUGCCUUAAAGCUUGGACUGAGAGACUGCGGAGGAGCUUCUUUCUGCAGGCAGUUAGACUGCUCAACUCCGGGGGACUAUAA